CACCAAGUAUAAACACUCUAAUUAUCGCCGCAUUUCAUCAAUCUAAGAAGGACGCUAGGGUUUCUGCAACUGCACUGCAAUGGGUAAGGGAACAGGAAGCUUUGGUAAGAGGAGGAACAAGACUCACACACUGUGUGUGAGGUGCGGUCGCCGCAGUUUCCAUCUCCAGAAGAGCCGUUGUUCUGCUUGUGCUUAUCCUGCUGCCCGGAAAAGAUCAUACAACUGGAGUGUGAAGGCAAUCCGCAGAAAGACAACUGGUACUGGCCGCAUGAGGUACCUCCGCAACGUCCCUCGCAGAUUCAAGACCAAUUUCAGAGAAGGUACUGAAGCAGCUCCAAGGAAGAAGGCAGCAGCAGCUUCUGCUUGAAGCCCUCGAGAGAGUGAUUGAGAAGGGUACUCUUUUAUGAUAGCUUCAUUUUGGCAUUCAUGUAUUAGAUUGCACGAAAAUUUUGGGGCAGCUUAUUUCUGUCGUAUCAGUCCAGUCUAAAUUAGAAGUAUUAAAAUUUUUGAAAUGUGUUGUUGAAAUAUUGGCAUUUGAUACAGAUGUGAUUUUAUUUAUAGGCUGCUUUCUAAUUUUGGUUGCUCCUAAUUCCUUGAAUUGAGAAUCUGAGUUUUUUUGAGAUCA